GUCUUGUCUAUGGAUUAAGGGGUAUAUUUGUCAAAAGAUUAUCUCAAAACAUUAAAUUUAAAUCGUUUGUUAAAUCAUUUGAUUAUCUUGAUUUCGUGAUUAUAAAUUGUGAUUUUUUGUUUACAACACAAGAAUAUUAACAUUAUCAUCUUUAUUUGAUAGAGUAUAAUUUUACCGUUGGCUCAGAAAGUUUUGGUUAAUAAUUACAACAUAACCUUUACGAUGUCAGUAAAAUACUACUUACUUAAGUGAUCUAUAUUAUGGAUGAUGAAAGUAAAGAUUAUAGAAAAAACAAACCACAACAAAAACUUUAUAGACCAGGUAGUGGUCCACUCAGAAGGUCUAGGUAUGGUUUAGAUGCUAAAAUGGAUUCAUAUGAAGUAGAUGAUUCUCAAAACCGCAAAACUCGUAGUCAUUACGGCUCCGUUAAUUCUGUAAAUGGCGACACUGAUUCGUUAAAAGAACCCAUGGUGAAUAAUCGUUUUCGUAAACCCGAACAGCAAAUUUACCAACCCAGAUCAGCAGAUUCGCAUUUCGAGGACGAUAGAAGGGUAAAAACAUCUGGAAGUGGUGAUUCUAGUCAUUUUAAUAGUAGACAAUCAAACAGGCAAGAUAACUAUAGUGGUAGUAAUACAGGGUCAUUUUAUAGAGGAGGUUCAAGAAAGGAAGGCCAUACAAAAGAUGGUGUUAAUAGUGAUAUUAAUUUCAAUAGACAGUAUAAACAAGAUUCAGUGUCAAGGACAACAUCACCAGCCAGAAGUGUUCAUGGAAUGAAUUCUCUAGAGCGUAACCGUGACAGUAGAAGUAUGGAAACUUGGGCAGGAAGAAACAAGUCUCAUGCUGGUGGUAAACCUCCUUCAGGUCGAAGGAAUUCUGCUGGGUUUACUUCUGAACCCAGACAUAAACACAUAGCUAACCUAGAUAACAUACCACCAAGAUUCAGAAAAAAAUAUUUGGAACAAUCUGGUUAUCACAGUAUUGAGAAUAUAGAUCAAUGUAAUAAAGGUCAAAAUGAUAUUUCACAAUUAGGUCCUGGUCAGCCUCUUAAUUCAAAUUGGUCCCAAACAUUACCAUCUCGUGGAAGAGGUCGAUUGAGGGAUAAUGAACAUUUUGACAGGGAUAAAUAUAUUACUUCAUACUUAAAGAAUUAUGAUCUUCAAAAUUCUAACAGAUCUACACCCAGCAGUUCAUAUUCAAACUUAUAUGAUGCCAAUGAUCUUGAUAUUAAAAAUACAAAUAAACUAAGUGGCUACAGUGAUGUUGAAAAUGACAGGAAUGUACUUGAAACUGAGAUGAAUAAUGGUGUUUCAAACUGUGCAAAAGAAGAAGAAAAACAUGAUGAUAGUAAAAGUACAAGUGAACAAUCAAAAGAUACCUUCACUAGUCUUUCUGAUAUGAUAAAUUUGGACUGGACUGAAGAAGUGGAGAAAAACAUUAAACUGGAUGAGAUAUCAGAAACAACAACUAGCUUUUCUUUAAGUGUAAAGCCUAUGCAAGAUGUAAGAACAGUAGAAGUAAAGGAUGCAAAAAAGAAAUCACGUCAUAGAGACAGAAGAAGUGGUAGCAGGGGUCAAAGAAAUUCAGAAAAGAAAGAUCGCAACAGGAAAGAUAGUAUUGUAAGCAUACAAAAUGAUAUUGAGUACACUCGCAAAGACAGUAAUGCUAGUAUACAAUAUGAAAAUAUGCCUGGACCGAAACACCGCGAAAGAAGAGACAGUCAUCGAAGCAAUAGAUCCUCAAACAUUGGCAAUAGUCGAGAUGAUUUGGAUAGAUGGAGGUCACUACGCUCAUACAGCCGGGAACAUAGUACAGAACGAAGAAUCGUGUCACAAUGUAACAGCAGGGAUACUUCAGUGAAUCGAGCUUUGAGUCCAAGAGACAAUGACGGUUUUAGAGUUCCUACUAUGGCCCCUAGAUCAGGAAAUUGGUCUUCUAACCAGAAGCGGAACGAAGGCUGGAAUAACCGUCCAUCAAGCGUAGAAAGAAGACGCCAAUCUCCAAUGCCAAAUGCCGAGCCGAGCGAAAAUGUUGAAUCGAAUACGGGGGGCGGUCGAAAAUCCCGAAAACGAGCUGGUCGUAGACGUGGACGUAAUACGGAGAAUGUGCAGCCGUCCCCACACCCGCCUGGGGCCGUACCAGCUCCAACUAAUGUCAACUGGCGGGAGGAAAUACUGGAAGCGAAGAAACAUCAGGCAUCUGACCGUGUCUCCGAAAAUUCUCAUCAGCGUAACAGGCUCAACAGCGUUCUUUCGGAUAAAUCUUUGAACGAGGCGUCUUCUUCACAACCAGGAGUUCUGGUACUACCUCAGGCAUCUUCUACCCAGCUGCACAAAGAUCAAAUGCGGGCAGCACCAAACGAUAUCCAGAAAACUCUAUACGAUCACCACAAUCCAUCCAAGCCUAUUAUUGUCCAAACGAGUUCUGCUAAACCCGAUAGUAGAAUGGAAAGAGAUUUGUCAGGUGUAAGGGAGAGUGGGACCCGAAGCGGGGCAACUUACGAGGGCGAAGCCGCAAGAGCUGCGAGACAUGUCGCCCUGUUGCAGAAAGUGGACCGCGCCGAUGCGAUACUGAAGAUGCAUACUGUACGCGGCGCGCAUGCCCUUGCCACUAAUUGGCCGGAUGUUACUGAGACUAGAAUGUUCUUGCAAAAUGCUCUCCAGAGGCUGCUCAUGUCUGAUCUAAAAUUCUGUCAAGCGGAUAACAUAGAACAGCAAUUUUGGAAAAUUCUUUACUACCACUUCAUUGAGACCCUAAGAAAGAGUAUAAGUCAGGCAACACCAGAGGAAAAGGUGGAAAUUGUAAAACUAAUAAACGUUAUUAUCGACGAGGGCAACACCUUUUUUGAGAAUCUCAUUCAAUUAUUAGAAAAGACGUAUAAAUUUAAUACUGAAGAUUAUUUAAAUGACAAUAAUGCUAUGCCUCCCAAAGGGUUAGGCUACGUUGGGUUAGCGAUGGUCUCAGUCCAAAAAUUGUACGUGUUUUUGGGUGAUUUGGCGAGAUAUAAGGAACAAGUGAACGAAACUAAUAACUAUUCCAAGAGUAAGAUAUGGUAUACGAAGGCUCAGCAAGUGAAUCCGAAGAACGGGAGGCCCUACAACCAGCUGGCGAUAUUGGCUAUAUAUGCUAGGCGAAAGCUCGACGCAGUUUACUAUUACAUGAGGAGCUUAAUGUCUUCGAAUCCUUUUCAAUCAGCUCGCGAAAGUUUGCUUUCCCUGUUUGAGGAAAAUAGGAAAAAGUACGAAGCGGCAGAACGAAAGAGACGCGCUCAGUUCGAAUGCAAAGGUAACGAAAGUGGAGGUGAGAGUAGUUCCGGUACGAGAAGAGAAGUAUGGAUCCGACCUGGAACUGCGCGUGCGCCGACGACGUAUAGCACAUCUAUGCACGACUACGACGAUAUGACGCCAGUCGAGUUGAAUAAGAACUUCAUCACCGCGUAUUUGCAUGUCCACGGAAAGUUAAUUACAAAGAUUGGAAUGGAAACUUUCUACGAAAGUGCGUCGCAAAUGUUGGGACAAUUUCGGGCCCUUCUCCACCGGCAGCCAUUACCGUCGCCAGCCGCGCGACUUCUUCAAUUGACAGCUCUUAAUAUGUUUGCUGUUGAGACUAACGUCUCUAAAAACAAGGGUAAUGAAAGCACCGAACGAACUGCAUGGUUAGAUUGCGCGUUAGGAGUUUCAUUUUUAAUGUUUGGUGCAAUGUUGGAGCGUUGCUGUGCCUUGCUGCCUGAACCAACUCAUUCGCAGCAACAUACAGAUGCAUUGUCCCUUCUACCUGCUAUAAAGGUGUGGUCCGACUGGAUGUUAUGUCAUAGUAGCGUUUGGAAUCCACCGCCGUCCCUACACAAUUUCGGAAUAGAGAACGGAAACGACCCAUGGGACUGGCUAGCUAAGUUAAUGAAUAUUCUGGAAUCGCUUGAUGAAAAAUCAGUAGACCUCAAAAGCGAAAUGAUAGAAGGUCACGUAGUAGUACGAUUAGCGGAAGACACAUCGUUGGCCGGCUUCACUCCGCUGAUGUAUAUGGAGCCUGCGAUAGCGUGGGCCCGCUCUAGCCCUGCUUUAUCUCCACACGCUGCGGAACACGUUCUACGUACAAGGAAACUACUAUUUUUCGGCACCGAGUACCUAGUGGGUGUAGAUCCACCAGUUUUAAAAUUAGAAUACCCAGCAGGAUCCCAGCCCCGAUACGUUAGUGCUGUUCAACACACGCAGGUCAACUACCCUCAAUUACAACACUUGGCGGAAGAUUCUGAAGAUGACAGCGCAAGUGGUACUACCAGCGGUCCGACCAGUCAUAGCGAAGGUUUAGAUGUGGAGGGUACUGAUGAGGUCACUAGAAGGCUUCUUAAAAGGAAAGAACAACUCGAAUCCCGAAAGGCUACUAUGGAGAAACGAAGGCAGCGCAUGCAGGAAAUGUUGGGCGGUGGAUCUGCAGUUAGCGAAGUGGAAGUGCGUCCUCGAUGGCUAGUGCCCGAUACCAAUUGCUUCAUCGACCACUUGUCACAGUUACAAGCUGUUGUUGCGCCUACGCAGACAUAUCAAAUCGCCGUUCCACUUGUUGUAAUGACUGAGCUGGAGGGGCUUUGCAAAUGUUCGCGUUUGGGUGAGGCUGCCCGUAACGCACUGAGCUGGGUGGGCGGUGCGUGCACGCGAGGCGUACGACUCGUUACCGCACGUGGCUCACUGCUGAAUUCGCGUACAUUUACUGCGGAGAACCACAGAGCCGGCCAUUCUAAUGAUGACAGAGUAUUGGAUACAGCUAUCAAUCUACAGGCGAAUCUUGCAUCUGAACAGGAUACAAAAGAAAAUUCUGACACGAAGAGUCCCAGGCGCGUUUUCGAAGUGGUAUUGUUGACAGAUGACCGAAACCUUCGAGUCAAAGCUCUAGCUGCGGAACUCCCGGCUCGAGACCUACCCUCGUUUAUGAACUGGGCGGGCAUCGUAUGCGACGUCACGAAAGCGGAGAGUUUACCAGUCGACUCUGCCCCCAUCGACUCUAAAUAAAGCGAAAUUGAUGAAUUUAAUAUAGGUUUGCAUUGGACAAGGUAGGAAUCUACUCGCCAGAGCAUUCGACACGAAUGUGUUUCACUUAGUUAUAUAGGAAUUGAAUAGUUUAAGAAAAGUACACUAAUAGAUACAUUAAUUUGUUAAUCGCUUAAGAACUCUUGGGUCAGCUUUUUCAUUGUUACGUGUAUUUUGUAGAAUUAAAUGUUGCUAUCAUUUUUAGUGGAGUUUUUCUACAUAGUUUAUGAAAUGAUAUUUUUAUCACCACAAAGUACAUUGUUAGCGUUAGUAGACGAAUAUUGCCUUGUAAUAGUUACUACUGUGAAUUGUUGCUUAAAUGUUGAUAUUUAACAAGAAUUAGUGUUUAUUUUAUCGGUUUAUGAAAUUACUAAAUUGGAUCCAAACUUAGGUUUAAUUGUAAUGUUCAAACUGACUGCAUAUUAUGUGAUUGUUUAAGCGAUUCUAGAACUAAUAAUAAUAUUCACUAUCUUUAUAUACUUUUGUUAUAUUGAUAAAUCUUACUGUCAAUGUUUACUAUUAAUCAAUUUCCAUUUUAUUCCAUUAAAAUCUAUAUUCUUCUAUUAAUUUUUGCUAGGAAAAUAAAUGUAGAAUAACGAGUUUCAUAUACUUUAUAGCUAGAAGUAUUAUAUUGAUAACAGAUUAUUGAAUGAGUCUUAAUUAUAUAGAGAUAUACACUUAAUUUUCUUUUAGAAAACUUUGAGAAUAUUUUCUUUGUCUUAAUCAUGUUUAAUUAAACAAUGAUCACAACAAA